CGACCAAACAGACAUAAGUCGACUAGUUAUCAUCUACAGAGCAACUAAUCCCAAAUAGCUGUGCAAAAAUGAAAUUCUUCACCGCCGCCAUCGUUGCUGUCGUGUUGACCUGCGCAUGCGCUGACGUCUCCCACUUGGGCUACAACUAUCAGCAACCCGCUCCGGCUGCUAGCGCGCCAUCCAACUCAUAUAUUCCACCAGCUGCUAAUGUUCCCGAKCCUGUAUAUGCGCCCGCACCAGUUCCAGUUUACCAGCCAGCGCCUGUGCCAUCCGCUCCCGCAUCUGCUUACAUCCCACCUGCACCAGCUGCCGCUGAACCGGAGCCAGUCUACCAGCCCGCACCAGCUGUUCCAGCGCCAGUUUACCAGCCAGCGCCUGUGCCAUCCGCCCCCGCAUCUGCUUACAUCCCACCUGCACCAGCUGCCGCUGAACCGGAGCCAGUCUACCAGCCCGCUCCAGCCGCUCCUGCCCCAGUCUACCAGCCAGCUCCUGCACCAUCGGCACCAGCUUCCUCGUACAUCCCACCCGCACCACAACCUGCUGCUUCUGAGGUUUACGAACAACCUGCUGAGGAUGGUUACAGAUACCGCACCGUUCGUCGUCGUGUCUACAAACAGCGUCGCUUCUAAGCCAGAGUGAACGAAGGGUAUCUAUCAGAAUUCCUAUUUUAAUUCRUUCAAACCAAAUUGUUACCAUUGUUUUCUUUUAAUAUAAGUCAAUAAACUCUUUGAUACCACGAA